UUACUUCACCUAUGAUUGUGAUGUAGUCGUUGGAGCGAAGGGAAUACGUUGACCCGAGAAGCGUGAUGUAGCCGCGAAUUCGUUGCCGAUAACCAAGAAGUAUCCGAUGUAUUUAAAGAGAUUUUUUUUCAUUAUUUAUAAUGCAGUUGCCAUGUGGCGGUAUCAGGGGGGAAAAGGCUCUUUUGAACGUCACGUAGUCUGGACUCCGACAUUUAUGCAAGGGAUGGCAGGGAAGGAUGGAAAACUCGAACCCCAAGAAAAUGACAUUGUGAGGCAAGGUUUUAUGGUAAAGCGUUCGCAAAAUAAAAAACGCUUUACACCUAUUAAUUAUAAGCAACGCUGGUUCGUCUUGACUCGACGACAUCUUGUUUAUUACGAUGGAAACAGCGAGAAAAUGUUUUUCUGUCUACAAAUUGAGAGGCGCAAGGAGCGCGGGAGGAUCGCCGUCGAGAGCGUCCACGUCGUGGAGACGGCCACACUGGGGGGCAGCGCCACGGAGGUGGCCGGCAGCGACUCGAGCGGUGGCGGUGGCGGCGGUGGUGGCGGUGGCGCACCCCCGGGUCUGCCCUUCCAGGUCGGUUAUCGCGAGGCCGGACAGGAGUACACCCUCUACCUCGUGGCAGCGCGGGAGCAAGACAGAGCCGAGUGGAUACGAGCCAUACGAGCGGUGUGCAGCGAAAAUCCUGGUCUCAGCGGUCGUUACCACGCGGGCUUCUGGAGCGGUAAACGCUGGUCCUGCUGUCGCAUGUCGACGCGCUCCGCCGAGGGCUGCGACACCUGCAGCCCCUGGUCGACAUCGUCAAAGCCGUCGGUCGGGCUCGGAGCACCCAGCAUAACCUCAGCCAACAGCGCCGAGCGCCAGCAGCACUCGUCGAGCUCCGUCGGGGGCGCCACGACCACGACCACCUGCAUCGAGACCAACAACAAUCCGACACUCCAAUCGCAAACGCGCUCCAAUAACGCGACUCCGUCGACUCCAGUGAUGCCGGGCGGAACGCCAGGAACUCCGUCGUCCAAAGCAAAGGAGAAGCUAAUGAUUCGGAGUAAAGUAGUUGUUGCUUUAUAUCCUUUUCGAGCUAUCGAAGGUGGUGAUCUUUCAUUGGAAAAGGGUGCGGAAUACGAGGUUUUGGAUGAUUCACAGGAACACUGGUGGAAGGUGAAAGACGAACACGGAUCCAUCGGUUAUAUUCCAAGUAACUAUGUCAAAGAAAAAGAGCUUCUUGGUCUCCAAAAAUACGAAUGGUAUGUGGGAGAUAUGUCGAGACAGCGCGCCGAAUCGCUCCUCAAACAAGAAGACAAGGAAGGUUGUUUCGUCGUUCGCAAUUCCUCGACAAAGGGUCUCUACACUUUAUCAUUGUAUACAAAAGUUCCACAUCCUCACGUAAAGCAUUAUCACAUCAAGCAGAAUCAAAGGGGUGAAUUUUAUCUUUCGGAGAAGCAUUGCUGUGGCUCAAUUCCGGAUCUCGUUAAUUAUCAUAGACAUAAUAGCGGCGGACUAGCUAGCAGACUAAAGGCUAGUCCUUGCGAUCGUCCUGUACCACCGACUGCUGGACUGAGCCAUGACAAAUGGGAAAUUGAUCCCGCCGAGUUGCAUUUACUCGAAGAACUUGGUUCAGGACAGUUUGGCGUUGUGCGUAGAGGAAAAUGGCGCGGUUCCAUUGACGUAGCUGUCAAAAUGAUGAAGGAGGGAACAAUGUCCGAGGAUGAUUUUAUCGAAGAGGCUAAAGUUAUGACUAAAUUACAGCAUCAAAAUCUCGUGCAACUGUACGGUGUUUGUAGUAAGGACAGACCUAUUUAUAUAGUGACAGAAUACAUGCGUCAUGGAUCUUUGCUAAAUUACCUGCGCCGUCACGAAACUACGCUUGGGGUCAACGUUGGAUUGCUUUUAGAUAUGUGCAUACAGGUUUGUAAAGGAAUGGCAUAUUUGGAAAGGCAUAAUUAUAUUCAUAGGGAUUUAGCUGCUCGUAAUUGUCUCGUUGGAUCAGAAAAUGUCGUAAAAGUAGCAGAUUUUGGCUUGGCUAGGUACGUCUUAGAUGAUCAAUACACAAGUAGUGGCGGAACAAAGUUUCCGAUAAAAUGGGCCCCACCUGAGGUCCUAAACUACACUCGGUUCAGCUCAAAAUCCGAUGUCUGGGCUUAUGGUGUAUUGAUGUGGGAGGUAUUUACAUGUGGAAAAAUGCCUUAUGGACGACUUAAGAAUACCGAAGUUGUAGAACGCGUUCAGCGUGGACUUAUUCUUGAAAGACCGAAAGCUUGCUUCAAAGAAGUUUACGAGGUAAUGAGGAAAUGCUGGGCCCACUGUCCAGAAGUUCGACCGUCUUUCCGUGUGCUCAAAGAACAGCUGAUUAACGUCUCGCAGGGUCUACUCAAUGAUUGACUCAGUCUCCUGCGGUGCUUACGUUUCUCCUCGCCAAGCUCCGCCGGCAGCGGCCGCACCUCUACAAUCAGCACAACAGUAUCCAGUAACAAGUUACAACCGCCCCGGUCACCCUUUCUCCAACGUGGCCCCGUCACCGCGGCCUCCUCCAACAGCUCCUCGUCCUACAACUCGGCAACCCUGCCGGCCUCGCACCGCGUCAAGAGCAGCGCAUCGCUGCCCAGCGCCGCGGAACUCCUCAAUUUUUCCUCUAGCCUCUGUCGCUCGGCCUCCAAGAGGCGAGAGUCCCGUGAUCUUAGCCGCGAGCAGGACCGAAUGAUAAUAGGUCAGGGCGGCGGUGG